UCCGGUUAGGCGGGGGGAGAGGGGGGGGGUCAUGGCGAGCAACGCCGCCAGCGUGAACGCCGUGCGGGAGACGAUGGACGUUCUGUUUGAGAUUUCAAGAAUUUUAAACACUGGCUUGGAUAUGGAAACAUUGUCUAUUUGUGUGCGGCUUUGUGAGCAGGGGAUAAAUCCAGAAGCGUUAUCAUCUGUUAUUAAAGAACUGCGUAAGGCUACAGAAGCUCUAAAGGCCGCUGAAAAUAUGACAGGCUGACACGGGAGAAGAUUUAUGUGAGAAGAAUGCCAGGUUAAAGUUAACAGAGAGGCUGAAGAUUGCCACUAUUGAGAAAAAUGAGUGUGUGUGUGUGUAAAAGUUUCAGAAUAUUUCUGUAAUUUUCUUGAAAAAGAAGGCAUAUAGAGUACCUUUGAAAAGUUUUUUUAAUAAGACUUGUUGUUGUGUGUGAAUAUAGUGCCGUUGUUCUUGGUUGGUAUUUUUAAACCAUGUCAGAUACUGCACAGUUGCUGAAAUUACUAGUGUGUAGCAACAGAUGUUAUAAUGAUUAUAGUUAGUUAAUGCAUCGUUUAGAAUAUAUAUGCUAAUAUAUCCUGGGUUUUAUCUCUUGCAUUGGUGAAAAGCUACAUGUACAGUGUUAAUUUUGCUUUACGAACCAGAUAAGAAUGAAGCCUAUCCUGACUUUAUUGUAAGUUAGAGUAAGGGUAAUGACUUAAGUCUCAGUCUAAAAGUAUGCAAUAAAGCACUUUUGAUAACAUAGAUAAUGAUUUGUCAUUUUGAAUCAAAUUGCUCUAAAAAGUUUUUUUUAACUUGAAUAAUAAAGCAACUCCAGUUAUCCAGCAGAAAUGUAUGUAAAUUUGAAUUAUAGAUUACAUGAAUUUUUUUUUUUUACAGUGUUCGGGUGCUACAUUUGUUAUACUUGUUCUGACUAUUAGACCUGAAAAUAUUAAGGCUACAUUGUUCCUUCCUGUUCAAACCAUAUAUAAGAACUGUCAGUUCUGGUUGAUGGGAAUCAAGGGGUCUUAAACAGUUA